AUGGCCCUCCCAAUCCGUAAAGUCCUCAUCCCAACCCACGGUGACCCCUCGGUCGUAACCCUCACAACCACCACCCUCCCACCCCCAUCCUCAUCCGAAGUCCAACUCAGAAUCCUCUACUCCAGCAUGGGCGGCAGCGACAUCCUUAUGAGGCAAGGCAUCUACCCUCUCCAACAAAAAGCCCCUCUAACCCCGGGCUACACGCUCAUCGGGCGCGUACACAAAAACGGCGCCCGUAGUAAAAAGUUUACAGAAGGCACUCUAGUAGCAUGUCUCUGUGUCUACAACGGCCAGUCCACAUUCAGUAACCAGCCCGAAAAAUACCUCAUAAAGGUGCCCGAAGGAGUAGAUUUACAACAGGCCGUCGCGCUAGUGCUGGAUUGGAGUACAGCGUACGGCCUCGCUUAUCGCGGUGCGCAGAUUACACCUGGAAAGAGGGUGUUUAUACACGGGCUCAGCGGUAGUGUCGGGUACGCGCUGCUGACGUUUUGUAAAAGGCAGGGUGCGAGUGUGUACGGUACUGCUGCUGCGCAUAACCACGCUGCGGUGAGGGAAGCCGGCGCCACGCCGUUCGUCUACACUGACAAAGACUGGAUGCGUGUCAUGAAAGAUAUGGGCGGCGCGCAUGUAGUGUAUGAUGCGUUGGGAUUUGCCUCCUGGGACGAGAGUUGGAGUAUCCUUUCUUCCGACCGAGGUCAUCUUGUGGGUUAUGGAGGCAACUUGAAUUCGCUGAAUGGAGAUAAACCGCGAGGCAAUAGUUUGCAGAUUGCAAAGCUGCUGGCCAAGGGCAAAGUGCCGUUUUGUCCGUAUCGCACGUCGUUCUUUUAUAUUAACAGGGAUCAGAAGACGUAUAAGCCGGAGUUGGAGGCGCUGUUGGAGAUGCUGGUGAGAGGCGAGAUUAGGGUGCCGGUUAGGAAGGUGUGGGGGUUGGAGCAGGUACCCGAGGCGCAUCGGGUUUGGGCAAAGGGACCUGGGGUUGGUGCUGUUGUGGUGAAGGUGGCGGAGGAUGAGGGUGUAAGGUUGGUAUAA